AUGUUCAAGGAGAGGAAGAAGGAGUAUGUUGAUGCCAUGAACAAGGAUGAGCUGACGCUUAUCGAUAACAAAUUUUUCUCACCAUUUGCACAUUUACACAUUUACAGCAUCAACAGCAUCAACAGCACCACGACAGCCAGAGCAACACCACGCAAACCUCCAGCUACUACUCAUCAUGACGUGCCGUCGCCAUCACCAUCUAGACCUCCGACCAAGUCCCGGCCGAUCGUCCUUACCGUCGCGGCCGUAGCCAUGUUCUCUCUCUCCGCCUACGCGAGCUACCUGUACACCACCUACCGACAAGCAGCGAGCUCCAGCCCAUCCUCGAUACCGGACCACGACGUAUCAGACCGGUACCGCACGACAGCCCCAUCGUACGAUUCGGACGUCGACAUGGCCGAGCGAAUGAUGCGUAUGGGCAAGAGGCGGCGCGACCUGGUGCGUAAGGCGCGCGGAGACGUGCUGGAAGUCAGCGUUGGCACCGGCCGGAACAUACCGUACUACAUGCUCGGCGAGAGGAGAGGAGUAGACAAGGACGGCCGAGCGAGCGUGCUGGGCUGUCGGAGCGUCACCUUUGUCGACCUCUGGGGGGAGAUGGUAGAUAUUGCGAGAUGGAAGUAUGAGGAGUUUGGGAGUAACAAGGAGAAAGGCCGGGCGAGGGUAGUCUUCCUUGCACAGGACGCGAUGGCACCCGUCUCUCCUCCAAUCAACGCCGGCAGCAAAGAGAAUAAGAAGAAAUUCGAUACAGUGGUGCAGACGAUGGGCCUGUGUUCGCACCCCGACCCCGUGAAGCUGCUCCGACACCUGGGCACCGUGACGGAGGAAGACGGGGGCAGGAUCCUGCUUCUCGAGCAUGGACGGGGCCACUACGCGUGGGUGAACAGGUUGCUGGACGAUCUGGCGCCCGCCCACGCCGAUCGGCACGGCUGCUGGUGGAAUCGAGACAUCGGGGAUAUCGUGAGGGCGAGCGGGCUGGUGGUGCUGGAGGCGCGGAGAUACCAUCUGGGCACGACCUGGGAGUAUGUCCUGCGGCCAAGGAAGGCGGAGGAAGGAGAGGCAGCAUCAUCAGCAGCAGAGGAUGAUAGAUCUACGGCUGCUCCUGGAUCUGAUGCAUCUACUACCGCAUCUACUGGAACAGACGGGUGGUUGGUUUGGAAGAAAGGAUGA